AUGAUGCGGCCAACUGAUCGAAAUGGUUUCGAAAUCGCAAUUAUAUGUGCCUUGAUAACAGAAUCGGAUGCUUUCGAGGCACUGUUUGAUGAAUUUUGGGAAGAGGAUGAACUCGAAUAUGGAAAAGCUCCAGGCGAUCCCAAUGCUUAUACUCUAGGGAGGAUUGGACGUCAUCCUAUCGUGAUGACAUACUUGCCUGGCAUGGGCAAGGGCAGCGCUGCGGCAGUGUCUGCCAGUCUUCGAAUCAGUUUUCCGAAUGUCAAACUUGGGUUGAUUGUCGGUAUAUGUGGUGGGGUGCCUGAGUCGAUAUUUGACAAUGAAAAAAUAUCAAUUUUCCUUGGAGAUGUCAUUAUCAGCACAGGAGUCAUUCAGUUCGACCUCGGACGACAGUAUGAUGAUAGAGUUAUCCGCAAGGAUACCCUAAAAGACAACCUCCGACGUCCAAAUCCUGAGAUUCGCUCGUUCCUGCACAAGAAUGAAGGGUGGAGAGGACGCAGGAGGCUAAGAAGCAAAAUGGAAGGGUAUAUUGCAGAAAUUUGCGGCAAAGAGGAAUUCAGUAGCUGGAAUUGCCCCCAGCCAGGUACAGAUAAGUUAUACAUCCCCGAGUACCGCCACAAGCAUCAUGACCCAGAGGUCUGCGAAAUUUGCGCGAAGUGUGUGGACGCAGGCACUAGAGUCUGCGACGCUGUCUUAAACCUCUCUUGUGACCAACUCGGCUGUGAUCAGAAUAAGUUGGUUAUUCGUGAACGAAAAUCAAUCCCAAAUAUCCAUUUCGGCUUGAUUGGCUCUUGCGAUCAGGUUAUGAAAUCAGCAAUUCGCCGUGACCGGAUUGCGCAUCAGGCAAAAUUAGAAACGGGUCCUAGCAGUGCAGCGAACAUAAGCAGUACGCCAGACACAGGCAAUGAAGACGACGCCAGCAGAGCCGAAGAUGCAGACAAAGGACCAGACGAAGCCAGCGCUCCUGACACGACUACAACAGCGGAGGCACGAGCCACGACGGACCUAUGCAAAGCAGAAGACACAGGUAUGCCGGAAAGAAGCAGAACGCCAGACACGAGCAAAGCAGAAGACACGAGCAGUACGACGGAGACAAUCAAACACGAAAAGACCCCCGAGCACAACCCCACUUCAUCGGCCAUUUUCAACAAUUCUGCCAAAGUUGGGAACCAGGCGGUUAACCAACAUUUUGCUGGGCCUGUAACAUUCACACAAAGCUAG